AAACAAUCAAAUAGGGGCUUCUAUCAUUUUGGCUAUUCAAAAAUCAAUUGCCUAACGGGUGGAAAGGAUGGCACAAAACAUCGAGACCUGGUUCUCAUCGAUGGGCCAGAUCACACGACUUUUACUGGCAUAUAUUGUUCUCAGCACUGGUGCUGUAGCCUUUGGGGCACUGGAUCCUGCAUAUUUAGCUAUUUACUAUCCGACCUUAUCGAGCUGUAUCGAGAUAUGGCGGCCCUUUACAUCUGCUCUUUUUUUUGGCCCAUUCUCUUUUUCGUGGAUAAUGACAGUAUUGCUUUUCGUUACCUAUUCCAGCAACAAUGAGAUUCGAGGUAUCACAAAUAAGCCAGCAGACUUUGUAUUUAUGCUUUUCUUGCUCACACUUACAUUGGGCUUCAUUGGGGGUUUUAUAGGUAUUCCAUGGACAGGUCACUCACUCAUCUUGGCCCUGUGUUGGAUCCACUGCAAACGCAAUACAGCAGAUAGGAUACUCUUUCUUGGGUUUGAGUGUCGUUCAGCAUACUUUCCAUGGGUACUCGUGAUAUUUGAAUUCAUUCUAGCACAGUCACUCUUACCCAACCUUCUUGGGGUAUUUGUGGGUCAUUUGUAUUUCUUUUUCAAGGAUAUUCUUCCAUCUACGCAUAAUUAUCAGCUCCUUAACACACCAGUUUGGCUGGUAAACCUAGUAUUUAGAGCUGGUCUGGGUGUCUCAUCCGGUUCCCCGAGCCCCGUUCCACCACGAAGCUGGGGUCGUGGGCACGUGCUUGGAUCGCAAUAAAGAGGAGUUUGUAUUGACAAUUUUAUGACUUUGGUAUAUAUUUAUGAAGUAUUAUCAUCGUUUCAUGAAAAAGCGAAAUUGAAGGAGUGGAGGGUGAAUAUGUUUUAAAUAGUCGUGGGUACGUUCCAAAGAAAGAAUAAUGCUGAACAAUCUAUACAUUACAAUUUUUUUCUUGUAUCUAUCACUUUUUCAGUAUGGGUGUAAGCAAAGUGCAAUGUGCAUCAUUGCUGAGGGUUUAGUCUA